AUGAAUAAUACGCCAAGACAACCGUUGGCUGCAGAAUCUGAAGGAGGAUCAAGCUUCACGGUACAAGAUAUCGGAAAUGAGUUCACAGUUGGCUUCUUUGAAUGCGACUGCGGGAAGCAGGCGCUGGUCCGGCAAGCGUGGACGGACGCAAAUCCAGGCCGACGCUUCUAUAGGUGUGGUGCUGGUUGGAGAAGCGAAUGUAACUACUUCCGGUGGAAAGACAUUGAGAAACCACAUGGAUGGCAGUAUAAGGCUCUGUUGGAAGCAAGGGAUAUAAUCAAAGCACAAGAUGCAGAGCUUAAGAGGCUUAGGGAGACUCAAGCCGAAGGAAACCGAAUCUAUCCCGUUGAGGUAGGUCUUCUAGAAUUCCAAACAAAAAUUGAGCAUUUGGAGAAGGAAAGUAUCGUUUUAAAGAGCGAUUUGAAGGCAAGCAAUGAGAAGGAACAAACUCUCCGAGAAGUCCUCAUAAUUUCAUGGAUAGGAUUUAUUUGUGUUUUAGCGACGGUCGUCCAUGCGUUUAAGUAA